UGUGCGUCUGUCAGACUUUCAAAAUGGUGUGCUCGUGAAAUUAUGAUUAUGAAUUUUGCUCCUUGAAAUCAGUCGUCGAAAGACAAUUAUUGUUAUGGAUCCAGAUUGCUGUUCGGUUCUUUAUGAGCUAGCUGAGAAAUGUAAUAAAGAAGGAGAGCAAUUUGAAGAUGAUGACUGGAUCCGAUUUGCAGAUUUUACCCUCAAUUCAAGGCAAUGCAAAUGCCAAUCACCUGAAGAAAUAGUCGAAGAAAAUAUUGAAAAGUUGACCAAUUUGUACAUAAAAUUCUGUAUUGAGCUGAUAAAUAAAGUUUCAAAUGGACUUCUUAAACAACGAGGAAAUUCUGGGAUAUUGGGUGAACUGGACCAGUUUUUUCAAGCCCUUGUAAAAUUGUUCCAAGUUCAUUUUUAUCUAACAGAUAGAGGAAAGAAGCUGCAGGGUUUAUUGUCUGUCAAACACAGUUUUGUAUGGACAUAUUGUGAUAUUGCUAAUGAAGAAGCUCCGGCACAGAUGCUUGAGAAUGUCGCCUUCUUUUGCGAGCACGGUGGCUUGGACGCAAUCAAGGACUGUUUUCAUUCUGAUGAAAGUAGCAUGCCGAUAUCUCUUGCAAGCUGCCUGAUCAGCAUUAUUGCACAGUUGCGAGUUUGGUUUAGCAGAGAUGCUAUAAGGAAGUUUAUCAAGUCUAUAGCUGCGCCUGUUCUGAGGUAUCUCUGCAGCCUGUCAGAAGAAGAAAUAAGAAUGCCAAACACGCGUGCAAUGGCAGAUCUUAUGCUGAGCACAAUCAAAGUCGAUUCGGAAAAUGAAUCACGCCUUGAGAGAAACUCCCUCGAGCUAUCAUUUACAUAUUUCAUGUCGUCGACUCUCACGGUUCGAAUGGAAGGGCUCAAUCAAAUUACGAAUCAAAUUCACAACUUGAUUGAGAUGUCACAAAAUGAUAAUUUUGGUGAUGUUGAUAGCUUGUGUCAAGAACUUGCUAAAUGGCUAAUUGAAAGGGAAAUGAUUGAACAUUUGUUUGGACCAAACCAUCACAUUGAGCUUCUAAAGCAAUCACAAUUUUUAUUAAAUUUUCUGGCACAAGAACGUCACUUGAAACCGAAGCACUUAGAGUGUGUUUGGAAUGCGGCCCAGUUAAAGCACACUGGGAAAUUCGUACUAGAAUUAUUGAUAUCGCUUACAAAGCAUAUGGACUUGAAAUCGAUACAGUAUUUGUUGUCCUUGGUUGGAAAGUUGGCUGUUGGAUCACACACGAAGCAGACGCUCCUCUUAGCUUCAUUGUUGACAAGAAGGGUAUGGUCGGCAACUCUAGCAGGGGUUGCUGCCAAAAGAGAGCUGGAAAAGGAACCAAAGGCUGACACUUUACAAGUUAAAAAGCGAGUCGACGUGAGUCCGACUGGAAGCGAAAGCCCGACGGCAAGCGUGAGUAGCGAUGGAAGCACGGACGAGGAGGUUGCGAACAUACACGCAAGCAAUAUCGCGGAUGGUGAGAAUCAGGGGGAUGAUUCGCGGAGGCUGGAAAUGAGAAUGAGCAAUACAGAAUUGCAAGGAUUACCAAACGAUAAUCUACUCGAAGUUUCGCCUCGAGAUUUUGAUGACUCGAACGACCUUCUUCCUUCAUCUUCAUUUCAAAACGAGCAAGUCGAGGGUGACUAUGAUGAAGACGAAAUUAACUACAUGAAUGUUAGUCCGGUUUCGGAACGGGAGCAAGAAAGCGAAGAAUCCGAAGACGAUGAUGUCUCGUUGGCAAACUGCCUUGAACGCGGUCAGCAAGCAAAGUCCCCCCUUCGGGAAAAGGAAGAAUUAAAUGCUGAAUGUUUAUGCCUCGAGGGAAAAACUUUGUUGUGGGAUUUGCUCCAAGACGGAAAUGUUGAGGAACUUGGAGAUGGAAUGGUUCAGGAGGUGCAAAAAUUGCUUUGGCAGCUCGUUUGUUUCACAGGGAACAAGAAUGUUGUCAUGGCUUUUAUCAAAGGUUGCCUUGACAAUAUUGAAAUGAAUCGAUCUGUUGUCAUAUCGUUUCAAAUCCUGCCGAAAAUUCUUAACGGAUACCCGAGGAAAAAUAGCAGCGAAAGUCACUGGUUGCUAGAUUGGGCUGUGAAGGAGCUUCGUAUGAUGGACACCUUCUUUUCAAAUCUGAAGGAAUACGUUGCUGCGUGGCAGAUAUCCUUGCAGACUGGGAACGACUCGAUUCCAGGCCACCAGAGAGAGCAGCAAAUUCUAGCUCGACUUGAAUUUCUAACAGCUUUAUACUCUAACGAUUUAUCACCAGACCAUUUUAGACUGACAAUUGAUCAAGUGGACUGCCUGUGGUCUUGUCUAAUCACCAAGAUACCUGAUGGUUUUCACUAUCUCCUAUUGAGCUGGUUGCUGAAACAAACUAACAAUAAAGAGCUCCAUGCCCUUGGACUAGAUAAUUACAAGCAUAUUUUCAUGAAUAAGCUACCAGAAGUAAACCCUGAGACAAUCACCUUCACCGGGCUAGGACUAUUUCAGCAGCUGUUUAGCCUGACUAGACUCUCCAAUGCCUCGCCUUUUGCCCAAGAUUCUCAGAACGAAGAGAUUCCUGGUAUCGAUUAUCUGUGGAGAAUUGUACUGAACGCACAAAAAGACCAGGUUGCAGAUGAGGCCAUGGCAUAUCUUAACUAUCUAUAUAUACAAAUUGGAAAUGGAUCGAUGGAAAAAGAAAAAGAAUUUCUGGACACAUGCAUGGUGUAUCUUCGAAAGUCAAUGGAACAGAUGUCAGAUAGGCGAGAGGAAUCUCUAAGGACAAUACAACAAAUUCUCACUAUUUUGAAAUCUCAUCUUGAUGCAUAUUGGAAAAGAUUUGCGUAUCAUGUACACUUAUGGCAACUCGAUGGACAUAAUUUUGAAGGCCAUCAACCGAACGUUCGAUCACAUGGGAAAGAUCAAGUUGUCAGAAUCAUUUGCCAACCAGCUGGAAUAUCUGAAAAGGUCUCAUUUCGCCUCUCAUCGCACGAUCUCCUGGCAAAGCUUAGGGCAGAAGUCACCCAUUGGUGUGUCAAACUUCAAAAGGAACAGGAAGAGAAAGGCCAACCUCAGUUAACGCCACCCCUGCAGCCUCCUUUCCGGCUAAUCUCUCAUGGACAUGAGUUGACACCCGACCUCGACCAAAAAGCUCUUGGGGAGUUAGGGAUGAAAAAUCAGCAGCUCGUUUUUGUAUCUGUUUCACACCCUCGAAAAGACCGAACGUCAAGCGGAAGCCAAGUCCCAGCCUCGCUUCAAAGAUCGCCUGAUAUGGAGGCCUCACCGAUGGUGCAACUGCUGAGGGAGGAAAAUUUUUCAUUGUUUUUCAGAUUAUUGGAUGUUUUACACAAAGCUUGGAAGACUGGUCCCGCGUUUGAUGAUUCCGACACGCAGAAUACCGCAGGAGAGCGUGAGAUGGGAAAAAUUGACCGCAUCAAGUCUGAUGAUAAUAUUGCAAGAAAGCUAUCUUCAGAUGAUCUUGUACAUAGUCUUUGGGAAUUGCUCAUGAUUUUACCAACAAAUCUUGAAAUUAAACAAAUACUAGAAUCAACAGAUGCUGACGAGAAAAACAUGAUAGUGCCAAAAUGGACGCAGCUUGUUAACACGGAAAGCACCUUCAAGUUGUUGUAUAUUUUGCAUAUAAUCGACUCGAUGAGCACACAUGACUAUGAUGUUCUCCAGGGCAGUUCUCAAGAUGAGGCUAGCACUGAUUCUGAUAGUUCAUCGUCAGAGAACGAGCAGACGGUUGCGACUUCAGCGGAACCUCUAGGUUGGGUUAAGAAGUUCAUCAAGUAUGGCGGGCUAAAGAGUUUGUACGAUCGCCUGCUUUCGGAAUCGUUGUCUGUCGAUAAACUAUCGGAUCAUUGGACCUUAGAUUGUGUUGGAUAUCUUUUGAAGCUGCUGACAAGGUUUGGGUGUGUGUCGUUGUCGCGGGAGGAGAAGGAAGAACACGCCGAGCGCGAGGGAAAAAGAAGAAGAAUGGAUAUUAAGCAAAAACGUCACGUGUUUAGAGCAAGAUACAAGAGCAUCGAUGGAGAUAACAUUGUUGUGAUCCAAGCUUUUAACCAGCCUUUACUGGAUCUGAUCAAAGAAGAGCAACUGCUGGAGAAGCUGAUUUCCUUGUUGUGUGAUGUUUCGGAGAACAGAAAUUGCUACGCUGCCGGAACACAAGACGUCCAUGCUGCAGUUGUGUAUCAUUGCUUGUCCCUUCUUGUUUGUUGGACAUACAUGGAUAACAGAGUUAAGUCAUCGUUGGUCCACCAUCCAAGGUUCGAGAUCCUUCUGAAGCGCCUUGUAUUUGAAUCGCCACAGAAAUCAGUGCGCUCUGAAGCAUCACGUGGUAUUUACAAGAUGUGCAUUAGCGGUGACAGCAAUCUACUUCAUGAUGUUCUCAACAUAUUAUUACGCAAUUUACCCGAUUUAGUUGCUUCCCAUGAAUCUUUACGUAUGAGGUUCCCGUCCUCGAAAUCAGCCACUCUAAGUUAUAAAGAUUACUUUUGGCUGCUGUCUCGCCUCAUUGACAAAAUAGACCGGUGCUUGCCCGAACCAAGUCACGUGAACUUAGAGGAAGCGGUGCAAAUGGUAGCAAAUUUCAUUGCAACUCACACCAUCACCAAGGAAACGAACCCAACCUCAGAUUAUUGUCUGAUUGGCCUACUCCAAACCUGUUCUGCGCUGCUGCGUCACGAACCAGAAUUUAAAUAUGGAGCAGAAGGUCGCCGGCUCCUGCACAAAGUUUUCUCCGACUGCCUUUUUCGCUUGCCAUCAAAAGGAGAUAAAUCUGAUGAAUUUGUGAGACCCACAUGCGAAACAAAGUCUGCACGUGCAGCUGCUUUCGAUCUCCUUUUGAAGCUUGCGUAUGGUAGCGAGGCUAAUUACAAAGAGCUGCAGACACUCUUCUUCCAACACCAUACCGUUGACGGCAAGUCUGGCAGUCACACCUCCUACGGAUGGAAUUAUUGGCCACAUGAGCUGGAACGGUCUUCUGCAGGCUAUGUUGGACUUGUAAACCUUGGUGCAACAUGCUACAUGGCAUCUUGUGUUCAGCAAUUGUUUAUGAUACCAAAAGCAAGGGCUGCGUUGCUGCAAGUCGAGUCAUCCGAUAAAAUGAAAUUUCCAACCAUUCUCAAGGAGCUGCAACGCAUGUUUACAUAUUUGCAGGAAAGCUACAGAAAAGCCUACAACCCUCGAUCAUUUUGCAAGACAUACACCAUGGACAAACAACCGUUGAAUACUGGAGAGCAAAAAGACAUGGCGGAAUUUUUCACCGAUCUUAUCAGCAAACUCGAAGAAAUGGAUGACAAUUUGAAAUAUACAAUGAGGGAACUGUUUUGUGGCGUGAUUACAAACAAUGUUGUUUCUUUGGAUUGUAAACAUGUCAGCAAAAGAGAGGAAGAAUUUUACUCUGUCAGGUGCACAGUAGCUGAUAUGAAAAAUCUCUAUGAAUCACUGGAUGAGGAAACAGUGAAGGAUGUUCUUGAAGGAGAUAAUAAGUACACAUGCUCACAGUGCCAAGAGAAAGUUAGAGCUGAGAAACGGGCUUGUUUCAAGAAAUUACCCAAGGUUCUUUGCUUCAAUACUAUGAGGUAUACUUUUAACAUGGUGACCAUGAUGAAGGAGAAAGUAAACACGCAUUUCUCCUUUCCAAUGAAACUCAACAUGGCCCCGUAUGCUGAAGAAUAUCUCAUGCAAAAUAAAGAACAAGAUCCUGAUGACGACCCCCGGUAUUGGUACAACUUAGCAGGCGUUGUAGUACACACUGGCACAGCCGACGGUGGUCACUACUACAGUUUUAUUAGAGACAGAUAUUCAAAAUCAGGAAAUUGGUAUUUGUUUAACGAUGCUGAGGUGAAGCCAUUCGAUCCAUCGCAAAUCGCUGCUGAAUGUUUUGGUGGGGAAAUGAUGACAAAGACAUAUGAUGCUGUUACCGAGAAGUACAUGGAUGUUUCUUUUGAAAAAACUCACAGCGCAUACAUGCUGUUUUAUGAACACAGUUCGAUGUCUGAAGAAGAACAGCCCCCAAAGCAGGUGAGAUUGCGCCAGGAAUUGCAAAACUGGAUCUGGGAAGACAACAUGCAGUUUCUACGCGACAAACUCGUGUAUGAUUUGAGUUACUUCAAUUUCAUGUGGCAAUUCUGUCACUCCGUGCCUAAAUCGAUCAACACAAGCGCUUCAGUGAUGUAUUUCAGUAUCAAAUUGGCAACAUCCUUCUUGCUAGAGACGUUUUUUCAUUCGCGGGAAAAACCACACAUGAAAAACUGGAUGGAAGUGUUGUUAGGGGGCCUAGAAAAAUGCCACGCCGCUUGUGAAUGGUUGCUUGACACAAUGGGCGGAGAUGAUUGGUGGCUUCAACAGAUGUUCAUCAAAUGCCCAGCUCAGCCUUUGCGACAGAUGUUUGGACAGCUAUGUUUACACGCCAUCAAAAUUAUCAGGCCGUCACAAAUCAACGAGUAUUGUCAGAUUUCAGAAGAUGACAGUGACUCGAACGACGAUGGUGAAUUUGGUUCUGGAUCGCCCAUAACGAGGUUCAUUAAAACCAACCUCACUUUGUUGGAAGACAACAUAAGAUCGCAUUGCAAAAAUCUUGGUGAAUUGUUCCACUUUAUUUACCAGUUUGUUUCCCUUGGUCAAGAAGAGUGUACGUUUAUGCUGAAUAUUGAUGCCAUUUCGUCCAUUGUGCAUUUCUAUAUGGGACUGAAGACUUCUGAAGUAGCCGAUAUGACAAAUGACGACGAUGAUGAUUUGGACAUGGAUGAAGAAGACAUAUUGUCAAUCUUCCCUGAAGAGCGCUACAACCCUAGUGCCUUGGAAAAGAUGAUUUCCACCAUUGCUGUUUUGUUGGACGAGGCGAGAGAUGAUGGACGAUUGAGUUUAUCAGAAAAUGAUUAUCACGCACUGACUGGCGAAAAGGAUUUUCCGUUUAUAUUCCAAAUAACAAAAGAUGGCAUCAACCUGAAGCAGACAGCCCAUAUCAUUUUCAGUCUCAGUCAGUACGAUAUAGAGAUGGCUGAACGCAUUCUUCAAAUGCUUGUAACAGCCAUUCAAAAACUGCCGGCCGAGCAAAUACAAAACUUCUUCAAGCUCCUGUCACUUUUGACGGAACAUGAUUCUGUUCCAAAUCGCGGUCUACCUUCAUUCUCCAACCUUAUUUUACCAAAGAUGGCUCAAGUUGCUGAACAAAAUCCUGGACUCUAUAUUGACUGGCUGACGUCACAAGUACCAAGAAACAAAACGGCUCACCAAUGGACAUUGCAGAAUUUGGAUCUGUGGGUCGAAAGAUAUUUAAUUGCUGAUAACAACCCAAGAAUAAGAAAUGGUGCGGCAUUCUUGUUGGUGUCUCUCGUCCCAAAUCCACACUUCCCGCAGGCCUUCAGGGCCAGAAGCUUUGCUCAGCCCCAAAAGGAAUGGAAGAUGUCAGCUGAAACCAAAUUAGUCCUACACAAAAUAUACAUUUACCUGUUGGAUCUGUUAAAAAAUUUGCGAAAGUAUGCGGAUGCAAGUCAGCAUGGGACAACAAAACUUGUUAGCUAUUUCUCAGUUCUUAACUACUCGCUAGUGUCUCAAGAAGAAAAAUUAAUGUUCACGCCAUAUAGUGCUGAUUUAUGGCAGCUUUUCUACCCAAAAAUGACGGAGCCUGACAUAGCUGUACAUUUUAACAAGCAGGCUCUUCUCACUUUCUGGUUUCAUGUUUGUAUUUCCUGCGAAGAAAAUAUCAGAUUUAUUACUGAAACACCGGAAGUUUUUCAAAAUAUUGCUUAUAACUACAUUUUAUCGAAUGACGAACCAGAGGUUAUUGCCUUCAACAGAAACGCGCUGCCAGUAUACUACGGGCUGCUUCGCGUUGCUUGCCAAUACUCGCCUGAAUUCUGUCAACAGUUAGCGAGCCACCGAAAUAUGACUUGGGCUUUCAAGCACUUGACGCCCAGAAUUAACCAGUAUCCACAGGCCGUUGAAGAGCUGUUCAAUCUACUUGGUCUUUUCACAAGCAAUAGACAAUCGGAUGAGAAUCCUGAGUUGGUCAAUGCAUUCAGAGCAAAAGCUGUUGCAUUGUUUAGCACUUCAAUCGAUGGCCAAUCAGCAUGGACAACAUUGAUCAGUGCGUACAAGGUUUUGUUACAAUCAGAAGAAGAGUUAUUGAUUGUGGCAACGAACAAUGGCCUAACCACCUUGUCGGAGGCCCUGUUCACCCUGUUUGUCAUGUAUUAUGAAGCUACUGCAUGCAAUGUUGAAGAUGACAUUGCUGAAGUCUUGCACAUACUGCUGAAUGUUAUGAACUGCUGCAUGAAACACCGGGAUCGUCAAGGUAAAGCUUUAGAAAUAAAACGAAGCCUGUUUAGUUGGAAAGAGAGAAGAGAAGUCAUGCAAAAACUCGCUUCCAUGCUAAAUUCCUACUCUCCAAGAAAGAUACGGCAUUCUUGCACUGAUCUUCUCACGGCGUUUUUGAUUCUCUACAACGAAGAUACGAUCGAGACGCUUGCACCGAUCAUUUAUCAAUCACAUGUUUCGAUUGGAAAUCAGCAGAAUCCACCUGUCCCUGGCCAAUUUUUCCCAAGACGAGGCAAUAAACCCUUACCAAGAAAACUCUCUAUAGCUCCUCGUAUUCCCGAACUAAAUAUGGUUUUACAUCCAGUGUACAUUGAAGCUCAAAAGGGUAUCGAUGAAUCUUACGACCAAUCCCUGGUUGAAUACUUUUCUGAUUACCAUCAUUUCGUCGAUAAGCUAUGCCGCUACGCAUUGAAUGCCGACCAGGUUCCUCGUGUGAUAAUUGAAAUUAGCUGCAUUCUCGGUGUCGAAGCAAUUCCAUUGAGACUGCAUCUUUUCCCAAAACUAUGGCUAGAAGUAAAAAAUAAAUCUCAAGAGAAUCCACGUUUCAGAGGGUGCUUAGAAAAACUAGUUCAAUGUGAUCCGUUUAUAGAGUAUGUCGACACAAUCCUUGCAGAAGAGAGGGAAUCAUUAUCAAAUCCUUCAGUGUUCAGCUUCAUGCUGCAAUUUUUACCAAAGAUCCAUAUGCGAAUUUUGAGUGGACAGAAGCAGGGGUUGGUGAACACGGUUGUGAGUAAGGUGAUAGCAGACUGUUCCAUGCUAAAUGAUGAUGGUGACGAAGAACUCGUCAAGACUGCCCACCGAACCAAUGGGGAUUUAAGAGCUCUUUCCUUGCUGUUUGCUGUUUCCUCACCCAAAGAGCUGACAGUAGGAACAUUGCUGACGAGCAGCUUGGAAAAGUUGUCUGAUACCUGUCAGGUAUACAAAGAGAAACAAUGCAAACAAGGUGAAGAUGUUCAGAUAGAGACAACGCCCGCACAGACAGGAGAUGCAGAUGCAGAGGAAGAUGCCAAAGAGGUAUCAGAUGCGGAGGCAAGCGGAUCUUCGAAAGGAGGCUCUUCUCCAGGCGUUGAGGCAGUGCAUGGCGAAAAUAAAGACCAGGGCGACAGUAACACUAAAGAGAGCAAGCAAGGACCAAUUUUGGAGCCGCCAACAAAAAAACAAAAGCGAGGAGAUUCUGUUGAAGUUGUCGAACAAAAGAAUGCUGGGGAUGCGGAAUAUUGUGAUAAAAAUGAAGGUGAAAAUAGCUCCAAAGGAGAAGAUACGACUGUAUUCAAAACAGACGGGGGUUCCGAUGAUGACAACAACCUUAAUGAAGAUUCAUCUGACAGCAUUUCAUCUUUAUCUUCAUCUGAUAGUGAGAAGGCAGAGCAAAUGGACAGAGAUUCCAGGCGCCAAAGUGGAGAAUUUAGUAAACCUCUUCAGCAACCAGUACAAACUACAAUUAUUGAUAUGUUAAGAAAAAGUUCAAAUGAACUCUUAAGCAGCUUGCAGCGGUAUUACGAUAGCAAAUAAUGGCAAUGCAAUUUAGGUAUUUUUUAAUUAAGUAUAUUUAAAAAUGCUUGUCAACUUCUUUUAGGCCUGCCGAGAGUUUUUCUGGGGACUAGAGCAAGAAGAAAGAUGUUGAUUGAAUGAUGUUGUUAGGAAUUUUGUUUUGCCGAUUUGGGGCCGCUCUCAGCUUGGGACCUGGAGCAAUUCGCCCCUGCCCCAUCUAGGUGGACUUGACUCCUUUUCAAACCUAACUUACUUGCCUUGAAAGUUAUGGAUUUUGUUUAACUGUUUCAACUCUACUAGAAAACAGCAAAAAAGAGAACAAAUUGGUUCUAGUGAACUUUUAAGAAAUUAUGUUUUGAAACAAGAAAUGUGUAGAAUUUGUUAUCAGACUUGUUCAGUUGCUAAUAUCAGGAAUCAUCUAUUGUCCUCUUCAUAAUUAUGAAAUGCGAUCAGUUUUGAAUAACCCCUUGAUAGCUGUAAACUUAGCCCCGCCUAGAAAGUCCAGCAUUACCCCGUUUAUACGUCGAGUUUUCAAAAUGGUGACGAGAAUGACUUUAUGUUCCAUCAGACUAAACUAUGACUUAAGCUCAUUGAAAAAUCUAAGUUCGCGCAAAGCUAGUAUCGUGAAUUAAAGACAGGUUUGGAAGACAUGCUAACUGCACGUGUCUUGUUUUCAAUUUUUCUCAGUAUUAGGUCUCUUCUACCACCCUUCCAAGAUCUCAGUUCUUACACGUUACCGUUUCUUAGAUAAAAAUUAUGAAACAAAACCUUCUAUAUUUCCUUCAGUGGGUCAGGAUACCUAUUCAAUAUCGCCUGUCUAUUUCGCAGUUCCAGGCGAUAUAGUAUUUCAGAAAUAACCAUUAAACCUUUCUAUGAAAUCUGCUACUUUUGUUGACAGAAGAAUUGCGAAACUUGGACAUCAACAGCUAUCGGCCAUGGAAUAUCCACCAAAAUAACGAAUAACUUCUUAGGUCGCCUUGUAUUUUAUCUAAUUAUUAGUUUUCUACCGGUGCUGUGAAAUCUAAAUUUGAAACGUAACAGGCCAUGCCAGAAAUAUCAAGAGGGUUUGGAUGGGUUUUAACCUUCUAACUUCUUGUUAUACACGCUUUUUUAUGAGGAACCUACCUCAAGGCCUAGUUCCAAAAGUUCCUUAUUCGUAGACCCCAAAUCAUCAAAUUGUAGUACCAAAAGUUCCUUACUAGUUCCUUAAUUUAAUUGUCUAAAUAAGCCCUUACACGUAAUAGAGAAAGGGGCGAGACAGCAUAAGCGGAAACUACUCAAUGAAGCACUUGACACACGAAUAGCAAACAAUCUAUGCGAGUAUUGGCUGCAAAUGAAUGGAACCAGCUUUUUAGUUCUUGAUGCUUGCAGUUAUGAAAAAUUUUCAAAUCGAAAACUAUCUUAGGGAUUUCGUUUUUACUAGUAUAAGUUCUUUAAAUAUUUCGGCCUUCUACAUGUAGGUUCCUUAUAAAAAAAGCGUGUACAUACCAUGCCGCUCUCUCGUUGCUGUAAUCCAUCUUUUAUUUUCGGUGAUCUAUUCUCGGAUCCCAUCCCACCAAAUUUGAACUGCAAAAAAGAAAACUUUUUUUAUGAAAUAUACUGAUUUGUUUUUUUAAAAAGGUCCUGCAUUAACUAUUAUAUUUGAAUUUCUUAUAUUAAUAGACGCUAGCACAUGCCAAUAAUGUCUUUAUUACCAUUAGGAAUAUUGAACAAAUGCAGUUUCGUUUCGAUAAAGUGGAAUAAUUUUAGUUAUUUUGGUUUUCUGUACUUGAAAAACUCUAGUGGUGUUA